AUGAGCAGUCACGUUCGAAGGCUCCAAUAUCAACAACAACAGCAGAGGCAAGCGCAGUUACAAAGGUUAUAUGCACAUGGUAGCCUCUCCUCUUUGGGACGUGGCUACGAGGCUUCUUUGCCCGGUGUUGCCACCUCAUAUCUGAGCGGUGUCAGUAGUGGAGCUGUUCGACCUAGCCCCGGUUCCGUUGUCUCUUUUGACCACCGCAGCUACACACGUCAGGUUCCUGGCGGUAGUAUGAUGAGUUUUAAUCCUCCAUCCACCUUGGCUAGUCGAUCACUCUUGGGUAGACCUGGGUUGUAUGCUAAGAGCAGUCUCCAUCGGUCUCGCAGUCUGGGCGCAUCAAAGGCCUCCUUAGCCACGAUACAAAGUGGUCGGUCGACAAUUCAAGCGGAGCAUCAUGAUCGAAAGGUACAAUUGUUGAUCAAGGCGGUGGACUUCCGACGCGCUACGAAGCCCUACUUUUGGUCAAUCUUCUUCUUCACUCUCUUCCUCUUCACCCUCUUCAUCGGCCUCCUUAUCAUAUGCUUGCGUCAUGUCUACAUGAACCUCAUCCUUUCCGUUGACGUAGGCGAGUCCAUCGGUCCUCUGCUUUGUGGUCUGUCGUUCCUCUUUCUUGGGGCAGGAUUCAAAUUCCUCUACGAUGCCUACCAGACUGGGGCCCGUGAACGUCAGAAAAUUAAGUAUGUGCCGGAUAGUGCCUCCACUGUGGCCGUAAAGGUGACUGCUGCGCCAGCAAUUGAUACGACAGAAGAACUUAUGAGUGGCAAAACAACGGACAAGGCCCUAACACGCGCUCCCAUCGGCACACGAACUGUGAACCCCUCGGUCUUAUCCUACUAA